AUGUGGGCCACUCCCCAGACAGAAGAUGAGUGGCGCCCGGUAGCCGAGGGAUUCGGAGACAGAUGGAACUUUCCCCACUGUUGUGGCGCGAUCGAUGGGAAACAUGUCGCCAUCAAGAAGCCCCCCAAGAGCGGCUCACUUUACUACAACUACAAAGGCUUCUUUUCCAUCGUCAUGCUUGCAGUGGUAAACUCUGACUACAAGUUCAUCUGGGCGGAUGUGGGGUCACCAGGGUCGUAUUCCGACGCCGGCAUCUUUAACCGGUCGCGACUGGAGCCAGGUCUGCGUGAGGGAACGAUCGGACUACCCCAGCCGGAUCCCCUACCAAAUGACGACCAGGACACACCCUACUACAUGGUCGGAGACGACGCCUUCCCCCUACGGCCAUACAUGAUGAAGCCUUACCCUCAUCGGCACCUGAAACGGGACGAGCGGAUCUACAACUACCGGUGUUCCAGGGCACGCCGUGUGGUUGAAAACGCGUUUGGUAUAUUCGCCAAUCGCUUCAGAUGUCUGCUAACAACCCUGGGAUUGAGACCGUCGAAAGUUACCAAGAUCGUCAAGGCCUGCAUGACCCUUCACAACCUCAUGAGGACUCGUUACCCCAACCUUCAGAAUGCUGACCUCGACCGGGAGAUGAGCAGGGUCAGAUCAUCGCGGGUGCAUGGCGAGACCAAGCCGUGCUCGAAGAUGUGCAAGCAGCAGGGCACGGGCCAAGAUUGA